AAAUAUCACAGAAUUAUUCUAAAGUUUCACUCAUUCUCAGCAACGAACCGAGCAACAUGAGAGGGGAUCUUUGACAAGAAGGAACCUUUAACGCUUAAUGACUUUCAUGCUUGGUGGUCAGAUAGAUGCGUGACAGAUCAUAGGAGAGUAAAAGACCAAAAGUACAGUCAACAUGACUUCUGUGGAAUUCAGACAUCGCUAUGUCGAAAUUGAAGAAAAUAACAACCCGUUAAUGAAGAGAGUGAAGCAAAAUGUAUAUUGUUCGUACAGACGAGUUUGGAAGUUCUGGGCUUACCAUUUGCCGAUUUUGAAGUUUAUUAAGUAUUACAAACUCAAAGAAUAUUUGUUCUCGGAUAUCUUGACUGGGUUAACCAUAGGAAUCAUGCAUAUUCCACAGGCACUGGCAUUUGGGAUGCUGACUUCUGUCAAGGUAGAGAACGGACUCUAUACCUCACUUUGGCCAAUUUUGUUUUAUGUCAUUUUUGGAACAUCGCCUCAUAUUUCCAUGGGGACGAGUGCAGUUAUAUGCAUGGUAACUGCGGGUGUUGUCGAUAUGCAAGCGGAAGUAUUCAAAUCUAAUAACCAACAUUUGUUUCAUGCCCACCUUGCAAAUGCUAAUGGAACUAUGCAAAAUGCAACCACAAUAGAAUGGACGGACAUCCCAGAGUUCAUGGACUUCAAAGAGAAUGUCGCAAUGAAUAUUGCACUGUUUUCGGGCCUCAUUCUUAUUUUCAUGGGAAUGUUCCGGUUGGGAUUUAUCACGUUCUACUUCUCUGUGUCAUUCUUUAGCGGAUUCACUUCCGGUGCAGCAGUUCACAUAGCAACGAGCCAGAUGCCUGCUCUUUUGGGAAUCGCAGUUAAACGAUACUCAGGACCUUUCAAAAUAGUUUAUACCUAUAGAGAUAUAUUUCUUGCCAUAACAACGGUCAAAGUCGCCACAAUACUCAUUUCUAUCAUUUGCAUCGUCAUCUUGCUUGCAGUUAAGGAACUUAACGAGCGUUUUAAGCACAAACUUAAGGCUCCCAUUCCCAUAGAGCUCAUCGUCGUCAUCAUUGCAACUAUUGCUUCCUACGUUUCGAAGUUCGAUGAGAAUUAUGAUGUCGCUGUUGUAGGGGCUAUUCCGAACACCAUACCCGCCCCUGUUUUACCAGACAUAACGGGUGUUCAGUAUUACUUAGGUGAUUGUUUCGUUGUUGCAAUCUUGAUUUUCUCCAACACCAUUGCCAUGGCAAAAAUAUGUGCAAAGAAACAUAACUACGAAUUAAAUGACAAUCAGGAAAUUUAUGCGUAUGGCAUUUGUAAUUUUGCCAGUUCAUUUUUCAAAUGCUUCCCGUCCGCCGUCGCUCCACCUCGUUCGAUGAUUCUCUCUUCCAUGAAUGCAAGGACGACGAUUAGUGGUUUGUUUUCGGCCCUUCUUAUGCUUCUUGUUAUCUUAGCAAUCAGCGAACUUUUCUUUUUCCUGCCUAAAGCUGCCUUAGCAUCCAUUAUUUUGGUGGCCCUGAAAGGACUCUUCGUACAAAUGACGGAUGCCCGUAGGUUUUGGAAAAUCAACAAGUACGAUUUCAUCAUUUGGCUUUGUACAAUUACAUCAGUUGUUUUCAUCGAUAUUGACUUUGGUCUUGGUAUCGGAUUGGCUAUAUCACUUCUCACAGUCGUAUUUCAAAGUCAACGUGCAUCAGCUAUGCGUUUAAUGAAAUACAAUCCAAACUUUAGGACAGUACGAAGCAUUCAAAAGUUAUACUCAUUAAGUCCUGUUAAAAUAUUUGUGUAUAAAUCCAAUAUCUUCUUUGCUAAUGCUGAAAUGUUUAGGAGCAAGCUAUACUCUGCGACUGUCAAUCCAAGAAAGUUUGUGAAAUUGUUGAACAAGAAAAAGGAAAUCGAUGCAAAUAAAAAAGACACUGAAAAGAUCACUCAGAAUGGAGCAAAUGCAACCAAAAAGAUAUCAACUAUUUCCACAGAAAGUGGGUUAAGCAAUGCUUCACCCGUUUUCACGUCUCUAUCUUUAGAAGAUUCUAUUUCAAGUCCCAAUGUUGAAUCGUUCGCCAGCCAACUAGACAAUGUAGAGGCUAACCCCAUACAUUUGGAUUCUGCUUAUGUGUGCUUGCCCCCUCCAUCCCAUGUGUUGAGUUUAGGAUCUAUUGACACAAUUCAAAGCUUAGAAACCAUUGACUCUGGAUUUGACGAAAUUUCUCAUCCAAAACAACUCUUAUCUGAGUACAUGAGAACUCGAGUCAUUAUUCUCGAAAUGGCAUGCGUGAACUACAUCGACGCUUCCGGCUGCAAUCUCAUCGUCCAUAUUCAUAAGGAGUAUUCCAAACUAGGUAUUCGGCUUCUCCUCGCAGGGAUAUCUGAAGAUGUGUCCAAAACAUUAAAGCACUCGGGUGCCUUUGAUGCCAUCCCUAAAGAUGAUCUGUAUCCAGAUCUUACGGACGCCAUUGUAUCUGCAGACGAAUACGUGCUUCAACCUUCCAAAGCAGACCUAAGUCCCACUUCACAUUCUGUAAGCUUCACAGACGAAGAAGCGGCGGAGGAAUCUUAUGUAGUGCAUCUGUAGAGUCAAGUGGUCAAGUACUAUACAUACAAGUUUGCAAUCUACAAGUGAAGUUUUUUUUUAGUUUACAUGGAGGAUGUCUCGUUCUUAUAUUAUUUAAUCUGACUUUGCAGCAAUCUAACAUGUUUCACUGUUAUAUAAUUGCACAUUGAAUUUUUUUUACAUUCAUAUUCAUGUGAAGCAGUUUUAUUUACCAGUUGUGCUAAAUGUGUACUGUGU